UGUGCAAACAGGGGGCACUAACAAGGAGCUCUAAGAGCACAGUCUGGCUCUCUAGCUCUGGCAGUGGGGUGGAGGGUAGGAAGCUCUCGCCCCACAUGGGUGCCCAUCUCCUCAGCAGCCCCUGCCUGAUGUCUCUCCCCGUCCUCCCUGCAGCCUGUAACUGCAACCUGCAUGCCCGGCGCUGCCGCUUCAACAUGGAGCUCUACAAGCUUUCGGGGCGCAAGAGUGGAGGCGUCUGCCUUAACUGCCGCCACAACACUGCUGGCCGCCACUGCCACUACUGCAAGGAGGGCUACUACCGCGACAUGGGCAAGCCCAUCAGUCACCGGAAGGCCUGCAAAGCCUGCGAUUGCCACCCUGUGGGCGCUGCUGGCAAAACCUGCAACCAAACCACUGGCCAGUGUCCCUGUAAGGACGGCGUGACGGGCAUCACCUGCAACCGCUGUGCCAAGGGCUACCAGCAGAGCCGCUCUCCCAUCGCCCCCUGCAUCAAGAUCCCCGUAGCACCGCCAACCACUGUGGCCAGCAGCGUGGAGGAGCCUGAAGACUGUGAUUCCUACUGCAAGGCCUCCAAAGGGAAGCUGAAGAUUAACAUGAAAAAGUACUGCAAGAAGGACUAUGCCGUGCAGAUCCACAUCCUGAAGGCGGACAAAGCGGGGGACUGGUGGAAGUUCACGGUGAACAUCAUCUCAGUGUACAAGCAGGGCACGAGCCGCAUCCGCCGCGGUGACCAGAACCUGUGGAUCCGAUCACGGGACAUCGCCUGCAAAUGCCCCAAGAUCAAGCCCCUCAAGAAGUACCUGCUGCUGGGCAACGCCGAGGACUCUCCCGACCAGAGUGGUAUCGUGGCUGACAAGAGCAGCCUAGUGAUCCAGUGGCGGGACACGUGGGCGCGGCGGCUGCGCAAAUUCCAGCAGCGGGAGAAGAAGGGCAAGUGCAAGAAGGCCUAGCGGGAAGCAGCGGUGCGGCGGGCGCGGGCGGGCAGGCUGGGCGCCAGGGCCGAGCGCGAGCCGGAGGCCCCGGCCGCAGCCGCGGUGGACUUAGCCCGCAAGGGCUUUCCCAAGUUGGGGGAGGGUGGGGGCGGGACCGCAGCCGGCGCGGGGGGCGGGGCCCUCGGCGGCCCCACCCCCAGCCCCGUGUGCGCGCCCCAGGCCCAGCUGAGCGCUCACCCGGCAGGUGCGCAGAGGCCGGGCCCCUGAGAAAUGAGGAAGAGACGUAGCUACCUCACGGGCUCCUUCCAGAGCAGAGACGUGCUUCCCUGGGGCUAGGUGGGGUCGCGGUGGAGGGGCUGGGGGGUCAAGCGCACAGCCGCACUGGGGCCCCCAGAGGUGGCUCGUGGAUAGUUACAGAGAAGGGGGCCACGUGAGAACUGUGAAUUCUCAGGCCCGCAGCCUGGGCGGGGUGCUGGGCAAGCCCAACCAAACUACCACUCCCAACACAAAAGACAAAACACCUCCUUUCACCCACGGAUGCCUGGCUGUGACAACCUGGGCCUCCUCCGGAGGGGCCCUGCAGGCUCUUGGGGCAGAAGCUGGCAGCCUGCAUGCAGCCUCUGGCCUCCACUGCCACCUGCUGCGUUGGUUCUAUGGGGUGGGAUCUUGGGGUGGGGAGGUUCGCCAUCUGUGGAGGAGAGGAAGGCCGGCCCAUCCAGAGGGCAGUGGGCUCAAGGACACCCCUGAGAAGCCCAAGCCGGGUGGUCACCGCCUUGAGCCCAGAACUGCCUGAUGGAGGAGGAAUUGCAAAGGCAAAACCUCCCAGAGAGUUUCCUUUUUGGAAACUUGGAACUAGCCCCUUUUAUGAUAUUUUCCAGGGGAGGGGGAAGGGGCGCUGGCUGGGUUUACGGCAGUGACACUAUUUGUGUAAUGACAUCAGCUCCCACAAGGCCCCUCAGCAAUGUCAACAGCUGGAAAGGGCCUGGGCAGGCGUGGAAUAUGCAGGCUAUGAGGGCAACUGGGCCAGGGGCUUGCUUGAGUCCGGACAGGGUUUGCUGGCUCAGCAGAUGGGCAGGCAGGGGCAGGAGUGACCAGGCUCCUGGAGGCCAGGGAAGCCAAGACCAUCUUCCUAUCUUUACCCCUAUUCCUGGCUCUCCCAGGGAAGUGACAGAGGCUGCUGGGCCAAGAAAGCCUGCUAUAGCUACUCUGGCUCUGGUGCAACCUCUAUAGCCAUUUUGGUCUGGCCUGAGCAGCACCUUGCCCACUCCUUUAUGGUUGGCUUUUUUCCAGAGGCCACCCCUGCCCUCUGGUGUGCCCAGUUCUCUUUCCAAAACUGUCUGAAGCAGGUACCCCUUUUUAGUCUGAUUGCCUCCCAUGGGAACCGUUCCUGUGCCCUAGGGCCUCUUGGCUUCCUGCCUGAGCUUUCUGCACUGCCCAGGGGCCUCUAGCCCAAGUCCUCACACCCUGAAUUAGAGGCCCAGCUCUCCUCUGUCAGGAAAUUGGUUUCAUUUUCUCUGCCAGUUUGGCUGCUCAAAAGGGUCAUACCAAGAAGUAUGAAGCUCAGCCCUUUGCUGGUCUGUCUUCCCUCUGCAUCCCUCACUUCUGCCUGAGUCACAGCUGCUAUAUACAAACACCUGCUCUGUGCCAGGCACUUUACCCACCUGCACUCCUCUUGUCCUCAUGACAACCCCAUGGGACAGGGAUUUUCGCCAGUGAGGAAACUAGAGUACACAUGGCCAAGGUCACACCACAAAUGAGUGGCAGGACUGGGACUCAGGCCUUCUGAGUGCAGGCAGGGGGGGGCGGCGUUCCUGGAAGAGUUGCCACAGUGAGCCUAGCCCUGGGUACUGCCCGGAGGACCCAGACAUCUAGUCUGGACCACAGGAGCCAGGGUAGGGGCCAGGCACAGUAGUAUCUUCAGAGGUGGCCAUAAGCAGGUUGGGUGAAGCAGGGAUGGGCUUGCCAGAGGGCAGCCCCACAUUCAAGAAAGGCAAGACUUGGCUAUUCCUAAGAGGUGGUAG